AGUUCCAAGUUAGUUCGGUCUUCAACGCGCGCAGGCCAGGUCACGCACCAAUAUUUUAUUUUUUAUAAAUACACGUACCUCAGUUCUAGUGCUAAAAUGUGAUUUAAAAGCUGCCAAAUUUUCUCAUUUAGGUAUAAAAAUUAUGGAACCAGAUUCAAUGGAAGUUUUGCUUAUCCAUCAUCACCCGGAAUUUUUGAAAGCAACCUGCGACUUGAUCAACGAUGAAUGGCCAAGAAGUGAGACUGUCAGAAUGAUGUCGCUGCAAGCUUCCUGCGAUUGCCUCCCUACGAACUUUAUUUUAGUCAAGGAUAGGAAACAAGUAUUAGGGCACUGCAAACUAACACCUAUACCCAGUAUUCCAGAAAGUUGUUUUAUAGAAACUGUAGUCAUAAGUAAAGCGAUGCGCGGAAAGAGAUUAGGUACUUAUUUAAUGCGAUACGUCGAGGAUUACUGUAGAGAUGUUCUGAAGUUGAAAAUGGCGCAUCUAUCAACGAAGGGACAAGAGAAAUUCUACGCCACGUUAGAUUAUGAGAUUUGCGCUCCAGUAUCCAUUUAUGGUGUGUUUACGCCAGCCAAUGUUAAAUUGAAUCCUAGUAGCCAUAAGAAAGUAAAUUCAGUGCCAGAGCAAGGUCGCGCGCUGCCCGGAGUCGCGCCGCCGCCGCCCCCACCGAUGCCAACCUACGAAAGUGCUUGGAACAAUAACAAUACUAGUAAAGUAAAAACUAGUAAAACAUACAUGUUUAAGUAUUUGUAGUAUUACAUUUUGUACGAUUUAUUAUCUUGUUAAAAUAAAACUGAA